AUGGCGUUCGAGUGGGAAUGGAACUCGAUAUGGCAGUUGUUUGCGACGCUGGUGUUCCUCCGGACGGCGUACAGGGACUUCCUUCCCCCGGAGCUCCACCACUCCGUCGGCUUCCUCCUCCGUGGCCUCAUGACCCGCUUCGACACCGACCUCAAGAUCAUCGUCGAUGAGUACGACGGCUCCUGCAGCAAUGAACUCUACAGCGCCGCCCAGGCUUACCUCGGCAGCCACUGCCUCGACGACGCCCGCGUCUGGAGCUCCGUCGUGGAGCGCGCCUCUGCCUCCUCUUCCCCCAUCCGCAGCAGCUCCCUCUCUUCGGACCACCGCUACCUCGAGCUCUCCUUCCACAGCCGCCACCGCGAGGCCGUCCGCUCCCAGUACAUCCCCCACGUCCUCCCGGAGGCCGAGCGCAUCCGCCUCCGGGCCCGGGAGCGCCGCCUCUACACCAACCGCUCUGUCGUCUUCGGCGACGACCACCGUAACCCCUGGUCCCCCGCGCCCUUCUCCCACCCCUCCACCUUCGACACCCUCGCCAUCGACCCGGUUCUCCGCGACGACCUCCUCCGGUUCGUCAGCCGCCGGAACUAUUACUCCCGCGUCGGCCGCGCCUGGAAGCGGGGCUACUUCCUCUACGGUCCGCCCGGGACGGGCAAGACCAGCCUCGUCGCCGCCAUCGCCAACCUGCUCGAGUUCGACGUGUACGACCUAGAUCUCACCGCCCUCCGCCGCCUCCUCGUCUCCACCAACCCCAAGUCCGUCGUCGUCAUCGUUUGUACAGCCUCGUCAACUUACUAA